AAUUUUUAAUUACUUUAUUUGGGUAUUGGCUCUGGUCAAUAUUACUUUUUAAGCGAGGAGGUAGUCGCUCCAACCUCUCUCUAGAAGUCUCUUAAAUAUAAUCAACGGUCGGUGGCCACCCUUGUCCUUUUGUUUUUUGGUAUGUAAAUACUACGAUCUGCUGAUCGAAUCUCUGUGUUCCGGUUUGCGGAUAUUCUCCUUCGCUAGGCGAUUUUAUAUCUUCCGCUUGUCGGAUUCUCUUUGUGGUAGGCGUUUUUUGUUGUGCGAGUGAAAUCAAAAUCCGUUAUCUGCUUUCAUUUAUGAACUGAUAAUUCCGGUUGAUUUUGGAGGUUUCUAGUCUCCUUGUUAGUUACGCUUGAUUUCUCAAUCUUCGCUUCAGAUAAAAGGCGAAGUAUUCUUAAAGGUAUGAAAUCGAGAUGGAGAGUUGAUGCAGAGUUUCAGAUUAGCCGGAGAUUUCAUCCGGCGAGCAACCAGCGGUGCUCUCUUUGGAUCCAGAAAAUUCGAUGGCCACGUUAUAGGGCACGUGUCUUCCAUGCUUUCAUUGUUAUGUUAUCAAAAAACACGUGUUUGUAUCCUUUUAAUUUUAUUUUGUUGGGCAUCGGACGAGCUGAAUAUGUAUUGGGGAUGAUUUACCUACUUGUUAUUUGGGCUAAGGCCCUAUUAAUAAAACUGUUGGUCAAGGCAUUCCUGCACCUAAAUAAAUCAGUCUCCCAACUCAAAUUUGGAAGAGAAGAACCCAGGGCUUCUCUGCAUGCGACCAUGGUGAAUCUUGAUUUCCCCGACGGUUCCUCACCGCCUUCACAUAUUCUCCGCAGUAGAAAAUCCCAAUCCCCAGGGAAACAUGCUUCAAAGCCUUCUCCGAGCAGCAGCAGCAGCAGAAUCUGGAACGAGGAAGAUGAGCUCACUGUGUUAAAAGGGUUAGUGGAUUACCAAGCUCAGAAAGGAAUCGAACCCAGGAGUAACUGGGCUGACUUCUAUCGUUUCCUCCUCGGAGGAGGCUCCUUCAUCACGGGAAAAUUCUCAAAGGAACAGGUUUUGAGUAAGAUCCGCAAGCUCAAAGCUAAGUUCAUUGCUAGCAUGCAUAAAGGAAACACUAGCCAAUCUGAAGCCUUUCUACUUUCCAAAAGUAUAUGGGGCCUCCUAAAUGAAUCUCAUCACUCUACCAAGACUGCUGAAAUGGCUAAUCAUGAGCCUUCGAAUAAUGACGUAACAGAAGCUGACUUUGAAGGCAACGACGAGUCAUCAUGGGCUGUGCGUGAUGCGUUCGAGACCAUGGUCUCCAAAGGCUUAAGUGAUUAUCAAAAGAUGUUGCAGCUUCAGAAGCUGAUGAACCUUGGAUCUGCUAAAAGAAAAGAGCUGAGCGAUGAGUGGAACGAGUUAUGUGCUGAGGAAGUUAAACUCAAUAUCAAGAGGCUUAAGUUUUCUGCUAUGCUUGCUGAGGCUGCUAAAUGGUAAACAUAGAAUCAGUAUGUGUUUUCUGUGGUGUCUAAAAGUAUCAAGUCUCUCGGGUUUUAUGUAAUAAAAUAUCGGUUUCUACAAACUUAUACUCUUCCAAGAAAAAGAAACAGCAUUCUUUAUCA